CAUAAUCUCAAGCAAAGCUGAAAUCAGAUCCUUUGGUGGCCAGACCAAGACAGCCUGCAGAUAUAUUAAUACAGAAUCUAUCAUAAGGGAAACAUUUCUUAAACUUGCAGCCCUAUGUGUUAUGGUUGACAAGGAUCCAGAUCUAAAACAUGGCAUCCUCCCUCAAGUACCUCCUAAUAUUUGACUUUGAUGAAACGAUUGUCAAUGAGAACAGUGAUGACUGUGUGAUUCAGGCUGCACCAAAUCAGGAACUCCCUGACUGGCUGGGUAAUACUAUCCAAGAUGGUUUCUAUUACCAGUAUAUGCAGAAGGUGCUAAAGUACCUGGGGGAUCAAGGCGUGAAGUUGGCAGAUAUCAGAUCUGUAUAUGAGAGAAUCCCACUAUCCCCUGGAAUGCCCGAUCUCUUCCGAUUCCUAAUGAAAAAACAAGAUCGAUUUGAGAUCAUCCUUAUUUCUGAUGCCAACGUGUUCGGAAUCGAGAGUUUCUUGAAGGCUCAUGGGUUUCAUUCUCUGUUCUUGAAAGUUAUUAGCAACCAUACUAAAGUGGAAAAAAAUGGAUACCUUUCUCUAGAGCCAUAUCAUGCACAUACAUGCCCUAAAUGCCCAGCCAGUAUGUGUAAAAGGAAGAUCGUAACAGAGUACCUUGCCGAGAGAUCGAAAGAUGGCGUGGCCUUUGAGAAGGUGAUGUAUGUUGGCGAUGGAGCCAAUGACUUCUGCCCAUCUGUUGUGUUAACUUCCACAGACGUUGCCUUUUCACGGAAGAAUUAUCCCAUGCACCAGCUAAUUCAAAAAGAGCAGCAGAAAGGAACCUUCCAAGCAAAGGUAGUUCCGUGGGAUUCUGCUGAUAUAGUUAGGGAUUAUCUUCAAGAGCUUCUCAACAAGUCCUAGGAAUAUUAGGUAAUUGUAUGCCAGUAUAAAGACGUUAAGCCACCAGAUAUUGGCACAUUUCUGGUUGAUUUCUCUAUGCAUCUUAACUCCCCAUCCCCUUAUAUUCUUUAGGGUGACUUUUAAAAUAUUUUAACUUAAAAGCGUGUUUGAGGGUCAUGUGAGUUUGGUGUAGUCCUGCCGAGAGUGAUAUUAACACUUUCUUUAGGAGAUGGGUUUAUAUGGAACAUACGUCACUUUUCUUCAUGCUCGGGGUUGAAGAAAAUACCAACCAUAAAAGCUCCUUACUGAAGAACAAUCUUGAAGAAUUCUCACAGUCACACGUGUGUACAUUACAGUUAGGCUCAAGUCCUCGAAAUGUUCUCUUCAGCUCAAGAAGAGGUUGGAAUGUAAGCAAACUUGAUUUGACUGCGAGCAUGAUGCCUCACAUUGGUAAACUACAGGGUCUUAAAAUUUUACACAAUUGUGUUCUUCCAAUAAUGUCUAUUUUUGAAAGGAAAACAGAUCUAAUGCUUUGCAUAACAGAAGUCAUUAACUAUAGGUAUAUCUAUAUUUGAUUGUAUGCCAUAUUGUGCUU